AUGUCCCGCCGCCUCCUCAACAAGACCGCCAUCGUCACCGGCGCCUCGUCCGGCAUCGGCCGCGCCAUCGCCCUGCGCUACGCCGCCGAGGGCGCGCGGCUCGUCUGCGCGGACCUCGCGCCGUCGGCGAGGAAUGCUUCCGCCACCAGCGGAGGAGCAGCAGGAGGAGGAGGGGCAAAAGAAGAAGAAGAAAGAGACACGCAUCAGUUGAUCCGGGACCGCGGCGGGGAGGCCGAGUAUGUGGGCGUGGAUGUGGGGGAUGCGGCGGGGAUGGAGGGCCUGGUGGGGAGGGCGGUCGAGAGGUGGGGGAGGGUGGAUGUGAUGGUGAACAACGCCGGAGUGUCGUUCGAAGCGAAAUCGCCCGCCGUGCUUCACUUGACCGACGACAACGUCUGGGACGACACGAUGCGGAUCAAUGCCCGGUCCGUCUUCUUGGGGUGCAAGCAUGCCAUCGCGCAGAUGCUGAAGCAGCCGCCGCAUGAGUCUGGGGAUCGGGGGUGGAUCGUCAACAUCUCGUCGAUCAUGGCAUUGAUUGCCGGACCGCAGAAUCCUUCGUAUUGUGCGUCGAAAGGUGCCGUGACGGCUUUGACGAGGCAGGUUGCCCUGGACUACGCCGAACAUCGCAUUCACUGCAACGCUAUUUGCCCCGGAUAUAUCCAGACCGCAUUGUUACGUGAGACAACCACGAACUUGACGCCCUGGGACGUUCUGGUGAAGAGACAUCCUUUCGGCGGGCCGGGCCGUGCAGAAGACAUUGCGAAGAUUGCAGUGACGCUGGCGAGUGACGAUGCAAGCUGGAUGACCGGAGCGAAUGUUCCGGUAGAUGGUGGAUUCACCGCGCGGUAA